AUGGGGAAGAAUAAAGGCGACGGCUACCCUUCACCUGCUCAACAGGCAGCAAUCGCUGCUGCUGCUGCUGCCCCCGCUCACCCGAAGGAAGACGACACAGGCCCCGUCGCGCCCACCCACGCGUGUCUCCGUGCGUUCCCUCUCUUUUCCCCUUCAGACCCAGCUCGCACUCAUCUCAUGCAAGGAGUGAGAAACUCCCACGACGCGCACGUGAUUAUGGAGGCGGUGAGGAUGGACCUCCUCCCGCUCGUCAACCGUCGACUCACCCCUGCCCAGCGAAAAGAACUGGGAGCGAACGGAUCGGUAUACGUUUGGGAACGGGUGGAGGGUCACCCGCAUGCCAUCAAACGAUGGGACGACAGUGUGCGUUGGAGGCCGGGGCUCAACAUCAACCCUUUCGAAAUAUUCGAGGAGAGGGGGGACAUGCCCAAUCAGGAUAGGAAGAACGCUAAGACACGACCAGAUAGGAACCUUGGACGACCGAAGGGAACAUCCUACCUCAGGCCAUCGCGUCGCCCUGAUGUGCCUAUCAAACCCAAUGGGAUGACACGACAGGUGUACACAGCCGAUGUGCAGUCUGCCACCGACCCAGCACCAAGACGCUGGCAUCUUGUAUGCUACUGGCGCAAGUCCGAGCUCGACAUGAUCCCCACCAUCGAGCAGGAUCGCACGCUCGCGCGGGUACGUGUCCCCGCGGGUGUAUACCGCUCU